CAUCUUCAUUCUUUCUUACUGACUGAGACUCAGCCGUGGUAACUAUGAGUGAGCAUGUGAGAACAAGACCCCAAUCCUCAGAAAGAGGAAAUGACGAAGAGUCUUCCCAGCUGGCUGGACCUGCGAUUGUCCAGCAGCCUACUGAGGAAAAACGUCAAGUGGAGCCACCAACUGAAACUCAGGGUAUUGCACCCAGUGGGGAGAUGAAAAAUGAAGGCGCACCUGCUGUUCAAGAGCCUGAUGUGGAAGCUCUUCAACAGGAACUAGCUCUGCUUAAGAUAGAGGAUGAGCCUGGAGAUGGUCCAGAUGUCAGGGAGGGGAUGCUGCCCACUUUUGAUCUCACUACGGUGCUGGAAGCAGAUGAAGGGCAACCAGAGAUUUAAACCAAGGCAAAUGAAGACUGAAACCAAGAAUGUUGCUCUUAUGCUGGAAAUUUUACCGCUGACAUUCUUUUAAUAAAGUUUUACAUUUUUCUGCAAAGAA